UUCACGUACGUCACCAUUCAUUAGCCAAUCACAACACAGACCGGGUUCCCGAGGCGGGGACUGCUGAGCUAACUGCUCCUGUGUCAAAGCAGUGGCUCCGUGUAGCAGGAAACACACAAAAAUGGUCUGGUUCCACUGUAACCAGUGCUUCAAAAGAAGAGGAUCCACGUUUGCCGCGUCCAGCUGUGGCCACGUUUUCUGUGAAGCAUGCGUUAAAUCAAAUCCGUGCACUGUAUGUGGGGCCAGCUGCAGCUAUCUGGCUAUCAAUGAGGUUGAUGAAGCCGCAGGAAAAAAUGUUUUUCAACGACCCAGUGAAGCUCAUCCAAUCACGGCUAGAGCACAUGUGUCAGAUUGUCAUCUUUCAGCAGAUGCAGAUGGAGAGAGUCAUGGCACAAUUCAAGCACAAGUCUGCUGAAUUGGAAAGACGCCUUAAAGAAGUCACCGAGCAGAGUUACAGGCAACUCUCAGACCUGCAAAGAGAGAAUGCUGACUUAAAAAAGCAGCUUUUAGAGGUGAAGAAAGAAACUAUGGAAUUGAAAAAGCCACUUUCACAAUGGAGGCUCUCUCCAGGACAAUUUCAAACUGAAGGAACUCAGAGGAUGUCCCUCCCUGUGGCUGUCACCUCCCCAGGUAACCCCAGUGAUUUGUGUUGA